GUGAUAAUAAAUUUGUUUUUGUUUUCUAAACGUUCAUCAAUUACUGGUUUUCAAUACUGUUUAUCUCGCUUGUUGCAAUAACAUACCAGUUUAUCUCGCGUUGAAAUGGAUGACGCUGUCUGGAGUGUUGCGUUAAUCUGGUCGAUUAAAACCACAUUAAGUGUCCUCAGUGUCGCAGAUUCACUCCGGUUAGUGCCGGGCCAAUCUCUGUGAAUGAUGAUCUCCAAACCGAUCACGAUUUGAUGGCCCUACUUCUCCAAACAAAAACAAAUUUAUUAUCACAGAGACAUUCACCUGUAUCUGCCACGGGCACGAUAAAAUCGAUAUUAAUUGUUGGAAAUGGUUAUAGGAAUCGAUAGUGAUUUAUCUCCUCCUCCAGCGGGUGGGAUUUCAAAACGGUGCAUACCGUGACUGCUAGAUGGCGUUGGUGGAUGAUGAUUAUUUUCUGCGAAAAAAAAUAAAUGGCCCUAGCCGAGGUGCUGAAUUUUUAGGGGGUAAUUUGGCGUUCCGUAUAGUUGAAGCAUGGUUGAACUGUUGAAGUAAGUUGAAGCUUCUACAUUUAAGUGACAUGUGGUCACUGGUCAGUGCUUCCAGAUGUCGUACAUUUCGAAUUCGAAUCAAACUGCGCUAGUUGAGCCCACGCGUCCACGCCAUCUAGUGGAUGAAAGUAUCAUCAUCUUGUUCAGGAUGAUGUUAGGUUCACAUUAUGAUGUUUGUCGUCUAGAGAUCAAGUUACGUUAAAUAACAAACUGUCAUUAUUUUCUCAGUGUAAUACCCGAAAAUAUUUGCUUAUUUACAAAAUGGCAGGGUCUGCACUACGACGUUUAAUGGCCGAAUAUAAGCAACUCACGCUGAAUCCUCCAGAAGGUAUUGUUGCCGGUCCCAUCAACGAGGAGAAUUUUUUUGACUGGGAAUGUCUCAUUGUCGGACCAGAUGGAACAUGUUUUGAAGGAGGGGUAUUUCCAGCAAAGUUAACAUUCCCAACUGAUUACCCAUUAAGCCCACCCAAGAUGCAGUUUACUUGUGAAAUGUUUCAUCCAAACAACGGAAGAGUAUGCAUUUCAAUUUUGCAUGCUCCUGGUGAUGAUCCCCUGGGUUAUGAAUCUAGCGCAGAAAGGUGGAGUCCCGUUCAGAGUGUGGAAAAAAUUCUACUUUCAGUUAUCAGCAUGUUGGCUGAACCUAACGAUGAGAGUGGAGCAAACAUUGAUGCGGCUAAAAUGUGGAGGGAUAACCGGGCUGAAUUUGAUCGCAUUGCUACUCGGAUCGUUCGGAAAUCAUUGAAUAUUCCUCUUUAAAAGCUGAAAUAUAUAAAUAUAAUUUUAAGAACACAA